AUGUUAUGGCUAUUAGUAAAACUAAUAACAACAAAUUUAAUCCAUUUUUUGAAGCCCUCUGCUAAUGCAGAAUUCAACGCUAUUAAUUCACGACAAUCACAGCAACAACGCCACACGACAUCAUUUACUACAGCUACAACAAAAGAUGAUUGUUUUAAAUUUGGCUUAUGUUUUUAUUGCAAAGAACCAGGUCAUCGUGCCUUGAAAUGUCCAAAACGACCGCAACAACAACAGUACCAACGUUCAUCAGAAUCUUCAUAUCGAAAAAACGGCCAGUGUUUUCCACAUGUUCAAGAUGCUACUGAAUCGAAUCGACUUAGUCUGCUCAAACAACAAGAUGCUAUUCAUGAUAAAAUAGUACUAGAAAAUGCUGAUAUUGCUACCGAUCCAGUUCGUGAAAUUAGGUCAAUGAUGACAGCAAAAGAUAUCGAUAAAUCAGCCUUGCUAUAUUUAGAAGGGAAUGUCAAUGGAUAUGAUGCACAUGCACUUAUCGAUUGUGGUACAUCACAUAAUUUUAUAUCUGAAGAUUUUAUUAAACGUCAUAAAUUCAAAAUCAGCAAUACUCCACGUGUUUCAGUCACUAUUGCUAAUGGAGUGACGUCAUAUAUAGAUCAAGCAUUGCUGGAUUUUGACUUGAAAUUAGAUGAUUUCAACGACAAAAUAACAUUAGCUUAUGUUUUUCCAAUUAAUUCUAAAGCAAACCACGAUGUGAUUUUAGGUCUGCCAUGGUUAUUUAAAAAUAAUCCUCGUAUAAAUUGGCAAACACGAACCAUCACCAUUAUAAAAAAAAUGAUCGAAAAUAUCUGCUUAAAACAACAUUUUUUCGACAAUAAUAAUGUUUAUGAUAAAUAUGUCAAUGAUGUAGAAUAUACUAAUAAUAUUCUAAUUAAUGCGAAACAACUAUCAAGGUGUAAAAAGGUUUACUUGGUGACGAUUAAAACAACAUCCGAUUAUUCUAUUACUACAGUAUCAUCAACCAAUAAACAACUCAAACAGCUACUCGAAGAAUUUAGUGACGUAUUUCCAGAUGAUUUAAUCGAAUUACCACCAAUACGUGAUAUAGAUCAUGAAAUAAAAAUACUUGAAAAUGUCACACCACCAUCUCAACCGCCAUUCAGAAUGUCACAACCGGAAUUAGUUGAAUUAAAGCGUCAGCUAGAAAUUUUAUUAGAAAAAGGUUUUAUCCGUCCUAGCAAGUCACCAUAUGCUGCUCCGGUUUAA